UGGCGAUUCGCAUACCACCGACGACCGACUAAUUGUGGUCGUGCUUGUUCGUGUUGCGAGCUGAUUUUUGACAAUUUUUCGUGUUCUCAAUCACAUAGAAACACAAGGAAGAUGUCGAGAGACUGGGAGCAUAAUCUUACCAGUAUAGUCCAAGAAACGGAGUCUAAUCUCGCCAGAGUUCGGCGAAGUCUGAAUGACUCGAGAUAUAGUCAUAAAAGUCUACCUAACAGUCACCCGAUCAGCUCAUUUUCUGUCAAAUCGUCCACCCUACCCCGAAGGUAUAUGACAUCGUCGUCAUAUCUAACUGACUACACAGGUCGGAGUGAAUGGCAACCUCACUCUGGCUACCAGAGCCCCUUUGCUCACGGUUCAUCUUUUGAGGGAGAGUCUGCCCCCAGCAGCUUGGCCGAGUCACCGGCUCUGGUCGCCAUGCUGACUGAAAAGAUUGACAAUCAGGCAAAAACCAUACAGACUCUGAGCAGGCAGGUGGAUGCAUUAGAGAAGGAGAGAGACCGCAGCCAGACCCAUCUCCAACGCCUGGACCAGGAGCUGACCUUGCUCAACCGCCGCCUUCAAGAGGGCGGAGUCCAGCUGGAGACAGAACGGAAGGUAGAGGGGUGGAAGCGAGAGGUCACGCUGCAGCUAGGUGACUUGCAGAGCCAGGUGGUGGCACAGCACAGGAAUGCUUCGGGUGGAGGUUACCGCGGCGACGAGGUCCUGGAUUCGUUGACCAGGGAGGUCCAUGACUUCAAACGACAUAUGCAAGAAGAUCUUGCCCUGUGCCGGCGAGACAUUGAAAGCCUGAACACAAGACUUAUGAGGCAAGAGAUUGAUAUUGGCAACAACCAGGCUGAUGGGAAAGACUUCAGUAGAAGGAUGGAUCACAUGGACAGAACACUAACCAGCAUAGCUGACUCACAGCGCAGCCAUUCCAGAGAGUUGAGUCACACCUUACUAGGCAAGCAGACCAGCGAACAAGAACUGCUGCAACUACAGUCAGAGAUGAGUCGCAUGAUGAGCACAGUUGAAAGACUCGAGAAUGACAUGCUCACGAGUUCACAAAGGAUAGCCAAAGAGCAAAGCAGUACACUCAAAUUGAACUCACCUCAUCGAAACAACCUGUCUGCUGUCAACAGUCACGGAUUGUCAACAUCAAAAGCAGAAGUUGGUCAGAAGAAAAAGAAGGCGGCCAGUGGAAGGAUCAGCAAACCAUCACGGAAGAUCCCGUCCCAGCCCUUUCCUCGGCUGCCCUCGGACAGCGAAGACCUGGACGCUAGCGUGAGUCUGAGCCUGGCAAGUUCGGAGAGUGAUGACUCUUCCUUGGACCUGCUCCCCCACGGAGCCAACAACAUCCAGCGAAGUGCCCACACUCCCUUCAGCAGAGAUGACGAGAGCAGUGAUGCCUUCUCCGAGAUGACCUCUGCCCUUGUUGGUCACGACCCUACACUUGACCUUGUCGACCUGGCAAGCACGUCCUCUAUAAGUUCAAUAGAGUUAGAUGCUGAUCUUCUGUGAACUUUCACUGAAUGUUUCUCAAUAAUUUGUUCGUCAAAGGUUGUGCAUGGUAGCCAUUUUUCCGGUAAGAGCUUUUGUUCCACAGGGAUACCCAUAAGUAAACCUUUUGUGCUAUUCCUUGUAACAAAGGCAUUUACCAGAAAGAUGGCUGCCAGGCACAACCUCCAUAGAGUCUUUGGCCAUGCCCGAAAAGUGCUUCCAGAGCUACGGCUAGGUCUAUUGUCUACGCAUCUCCACGCAAUUCCAAUGGAGCGAAGACCUAGACCUAGCUCUAGACGAGAUUUGGAUGCAGCCAGAGUCUGAACUAUGACUUUGAAAACAAAUUGCAGUUUGUGGCAACACUACAAUUAGCUCAUGGUCUCAACGGCAGGCAGUAAAUUAAUACUUUACCUACAGUAAAUAGCAGUGAUAACUUCUUGUUUAAAGGACGGUCACACGACGGCAGGUUAACAUUUUCUGUGAAUUUUAGGUAGAAACUGUAUGUAAAAUGUAGCUAGAUUCCUCAUACAUAUAAUUUCUUCUUUACUGCCCUAGUUGGUCAAAAUGCAUACAGCCAGGUUUUGCCGAUUCUGAUUAGUCGAGGAGAUAGGGCCAACCCUCCAUUUCUUGACUCAGUUUUGCUUGAACGAGUACAAAGAAUGCAUUUAAAUGCAGUACCUAAUCCUUGUCUGCUACAUCCUCCAAAGCAGUCCAAAGUUAUAACUAUUAUUAAUAAUUUCUGGUAAUGACACCACGGAUUCCUCAAAAGCACCCUUGGCACUGUACAUGUAGUUCACAGUCCUGAAGGAACCUGUAGAGAGGGAACAAUGACGGCAUCCAGUUAUAGUUGUAGAGGUGGGAGGAAAACCCCAGAGGAAUGUUCUAGGUAAAACACACGACAUCAGGUAGGGACUGAAAACCCAAUCCACUUGUGGACUGGACCGGGAAUCGAACCCAGAACCACAGAGGUGGAAGAACCACUACGCCAACCUGACUCCCCUACGUCUCUUGGUAUGUAAGUUUGAAGUUCAAAACACAAGAGUCGUUGAUGAUAGCUUCAGGUACAUGUAGGUAUGUAAUGAUACAUCCCUCAAUUCAUUUGCUUUAUAUAAGGGGUAAAGCCGCCUCUGAACGGUUGAGUUACCCAGGGUCAUAAAUAAACACACUUUGAUCACUCCUGACUGUAGAUAAAAUCCAAACCACUUUGUCAUGAUUUUCCACCGUACUCUAAGCGUGAUCACAUGAUUGCCCUUUGUGAAAACUUGUUCCAUAUGUGGAUUGAGUUGAGAGAUUUAGCAACGGUCCUUAUUUGUCAUGUGCUUAAUGCGAGUCAUGCGUUCUUACACCAUGAGACUAGAGGUGUGUCGGUUGUUUUUUCCUUUUAAAGCCACGCGCAGUCCAAGCCUGAACUCUGAAACAUUUCCGAAUAUUCUCGCACUUCAAAGAUCUGUGUUGUAUGAAAGGGACACCAGUGGUUGCAUUGUAACUCUACACCAGUUUAGACUGGUGUCCAGUCUAAACUGACGAUGACCAUUCACUCACAUGGACACCCAGUUUGGCAUUAACCCAGGUUGGAUGAGGUCUUCGUAACAUAACCGUGUAACCUGGGUCUUAAACGGUAGUAACAUUUUACCAGACUGAGAUUGACUGCUGCUAUUCCGAUAACAUCUCUAUGCACUGUCAGCCUGUGGUUACAAUUUGGAAAUCAGCAAAGACUUCACACCAACCACUUAGCUUGGAAUAUAAAGAUAUGGGAUUGAUCUGCACUGUGAGAAAAGUCCUGUUCUGUUUUUUCCAUUAAAACCCUCAAGGGUGUAUGUAAAAUCACAUUGAAAUCGGAGGAUUUGAGACUGUUAGGUUUGACAUCUCUUAGCAAUUUCUUAGCUCAAUGCUUAUUACAGUUGACUCUCACUUUAACAGUUGCAGAGACCAGACAAAUUACUUUUUGAUAACCAGUUUUUUGUUAUAAAAGGAGUGGAAAAACAAAGAGAAAUAUAAGAAUUAAAGGAAGUGGGAUUCUCAGAAUCUGUUUUUUAACCCUAAAAGUCCCAAACCCUCCAAUUUCAAUACGAUUUUACAUACACCCUUGGGAGUUAGGGCUAACCCUAACAGUCCCCAAUCCUCCAAUUUCAAUACGAUUUUACAUACACCCUUGGGAGUUAGGGCUAACCCUAAAAGUCCCCAAUCCUCCAAUUUCAAUACCAUUUUACAUACACCCUUGGGGGUUAGGGUUAUAAUAGUAUUUUGUUGAAACAGAGUUCUUCAUGACAAGAGUCGACUGUAUGCGUGUACACAUUUAAGUGUAAUUCUGGGUGGCUUUCCCAGGGCUAAGGGUACAAUUUCGUUUAUUAGACAAAUUUGAACCACUUUGUGGAGACAUUUGUCUGUCCCCGUAACGUCUUUUGUUCCUACAAAAUAGGUGAAAUAUCAUAUGUCCCCGCAAGUACGGAACAAGAAGCAAUGUGAAGACAAUUGAUUAGCGAUAGAUUGUGGAAACAUGAAACAUGAUGGGUUCCUGAGUACUUCAGCUGUUCAGUGUGAAUUUUUUUUUUUCACUCCGACUGUCAGGUUUUACAAAAGUCUUAACAGUAUUGCUUAGGCAAAAAAGGGUGGCUUUUGGUUUACAGAUUUAAAUAUACCACAGACAGGUGUAUUUACUAAGCAUGUUAUGAUGCGCAACUCAUUAGUACCGUGUUAAACUUGUGUCCGAUAUUCAGCUCAGUAUGCUGGAUGUACAGACUACAAGAGCUUGUAAAUGUUUUAAAUAAGUGAGGAUUUUUUGUUCUGUGAUGUAUGUUUUGUAUUUCUGAAAUUUUUCCUUUUUGUGUUAGUUUACAUGCCUUGAAUUUUUUAAGCAAGUGCAAGUAAAUUUUAGUGUCCCUUUCAGUGGCAAUCAGUGAGAACAAUUAUAUAAGUAUUCUUCUAAAUGUGAUGAUUGACUUUGAACGAUUUGAGAAGAGUGUGACCUUGUUAAUAAUAGGUGUUGACUUAGCCCAAAGUCAAGGUCAUUUCCCAUUUGGCAAACAUUAGAGUAAUACCACACUUUUGUAUGCAACCACACGUUUUCAACAACUCUGAAAAUUUCAAAUAAAAUAAAAGAAAUACAUGUAGUUUUUUAUGCCGAGAUGAGAAUCCCAGGGGGGGGGCAAGUUUUGACCUUUCUGUCUGAAUAGGUAAACAGAGACAUUGGAAUUCAUGCUGGGGAGGUGGUUUUUGCAAUUUCCUCGCUGUUUGCGUGUGUAUUCUAGGUGGGGCUGUCACUGCAGCUGUGAGAUGACUUUGUUUGCGCUGAUUGCGUGGAUCAGCGGAUCAACAUUGGUAUUUGACAAAAUGUUGACGAAUGCACAUCGAACAGGGGGGAGAUUAUAGGUCUUCGUGAAUUUGUCAUCUAACACCUCAGUCAUGAUACGGCUGUGUUUGCAAAUAGAGUUGACACUACGGUGUGAUUUUGGUGUGAUCGCUAGAGAGCUAGACUUUAUUUCCUCUGUUUCUCAAAUUUUUUUUUUUUUUACUAAACAGUCCGGGGAAGGGGUCUGAACACAGAGUGCCGCCCAUAGACUUUGUGUAACGACAGACGAUAUGUAUGGGAACCUUCCAGGGUCUUCAUGUAGCUAUUAAGUCUAUACAGGAAUAAGGUAUGCCAAGCAUAGGAAAUAGUUGCCUACCAAGGUGACCCACCAAAUGAGACCCACUCUGCAGAAAAGGGUGAUAAGUCGUGCAGUGCCAAAACACAUAAUGGCCUGUUCUAUUUGGAAAGCACAAAAUUUCUUCAAAAACAUGAUUUUUGUGUUUUUCCUUUA